GACUCGGUCCCAGGCCAAUGACGGAGCAGCGCUCGGGUAAGAACCAUUGAAACAUGCUCCCCCUUACUCUCCGCUCGGAGGGGUCGCGCCCCGGAGGAUCACGAUCACGAGCACGAUGCUGAUGUGCGGGUUCGCGGAGGGCAGAAUCUUCCAAAUUCCAUGGCAGCGCAUCACCAAUGCCGUCGAGACUAUCGCGGCGUCGCACGAGACCUAUGCGCAGAAGAUCGAUGAGGAUGUGGAGCGGCCACUGAAGGAGUACAGCAGCAAGAAUCGAGAACUGGCCUCGAUGCCGGGUGUCCAGAGCGAUCUGGCUUCCUUGGCGAAGAGCUUGGAGGCGUCCCAAAAGAAGGUGGAAAAGGCCAAGGACAAGGGCCCCAAAGGCGCCGACAGGUUGGCCAGCGCGGUCGCGACCUCCGAAGAAAUCAGUCAGCAAUGGGAUUCGAGAGCGCCCUUCGUGUUCGAGCAGCUGCAGGCGGCGGAUGAGACCCGCUUGAACCAUCUUCGCGAUGCCCUGACCCAGUUAGAGACCCAUGAGGUCGAUCAGGUGGAGCGCUGUCGCCAGGCAGCGGAAAGCUGUCUCAAUGUGCUACUCAACGUCGAGACGGCCGAUGAGAUCAAGACGUUUGCUGCCAAGGUGAACGGCGGACGGCCAGUUGUGUCAAGGAGGCAGCAAGCCGCUUCUCCUCCACCUGUGGCGCCUGUGGCGCCUCUGGCGCCCCCGCCGCGCAUUCAGGACGACGCUGCUAGCCAGCACUCGGAGGCUUCGAAUCCUGUCCGGACACCGCCUGCCCCGGAGCCUCAGCCCCGACACAACACUACUCUGGGUGGCCUCAGGCGCCUGGGCACUGUGAUGAACCGAAGAAAAAGCAUGGUGCAGCCUUCAGGCGGUGUCUUCUCAGAAAGGAAACACCGGAGCCCAUUUGCGUCGUUCAAGAGGGGCGACUCGUCUCGGGAAAUGCAGAUCCCAGAAUCCCCCCCUGACGGGACCGACCGUCCUGAUACCGCCAUCACCGCACAGAGUGACGCGACACGUCUGCCGAGCGAGUCUCAUGAUCGCGAGGGAAUCAGUGCCCUCUCGACCAGCCCGGUUCCACCGCCGGCCCCGGCAACCUCGAAUGGAACGGCACUACACGACGCGCCUACCGAGAUUGGUCUUCUGAAUCCACCGGCAAGCGAACCACCGCGAGUCGACUCGGAAGGCUAUACGGAACGACCAUCCACCAUUGACGAGAUCACGCGGCUUCAACGUGAAGCAGCCGGCUUGGACGAGCAGGCCAUCAAUCUGACCAUCCGGGAGCAACCCAUCUUUGAAGAUGAGAGCCAAGCGAAACAGGCCAUGGACGAGAUGGCUAACCAAUUGAGAUUGCGAGCCCCACAGAGUGGGAUGAGACGCAACGCUGGUACCAUCCGCGGUCGACGCGAUGUCCGCAACACCGUGUUCAUCCCUAACCCGACCGGUCCGGAACUACCUACUUUGCAUUCGGGUGGCGACCCGGGCUCUAUGCCCACUUCGCCGGCCAUGCCGAUCAAGCAUGUCACGUCGCCGAGCACGGCCACUGACGACCAUGCGAUGUCAGAUACCACCUCGAUUCGCUCUUCCCACACCUUGCACAGUAUCUCCGGCCCCGUCGCGCAUCCAGAUCUCCACGAACCCGGCCUGAAUGCCUCCGUCGUCGAGACGGUGAAUGCGUGGUUCUCCGAGGGCGCGGUGACGAAGGCGUUCGUGGUCGGAGAGCUCGCGCUGGCAUACAACGCCGCGAGCACAUUCCCCACGGACAAUACUCGAGUGCGUCUGAACAACUUCCAGGUGCUGGAAAAGGUCGCCGCGAACCCGCAUUUUGUGCAUGAAGUCGCCGACCAGUCCGACGAUAAGAGAGGCGAAUACAGUAUCCAGCUGGCCAGCAUUGCCCGCCAAUCACCAACCGUGGCGUUCAAGUAUCAAUUGCAUAUCGGCCCGUCGGAGGCGUCGGCCCACUGCCCCGUAAUCUUCAAGCCAGCAUGGAAUAUCGAGGAGUUCCAGGCCAGCGUCAUUGUUUUCUACUCCCUGAACCCCUCCUUUACCUCCGCAGGCAACUCCAUCACCCUCCGCAACCUGGUCCUGACCGUCAACCUGGAUACGUCGCCCGAGGAGGACCGUGAGGUGGUCCACGCCACGAACGCCGUCAUGUAUCCCAACACCGGGGCGGCCUUCCGCCGCAAGCAGUCCGCCGUGGUGUGGAAGCUCCCGGAGCUGGAGAUCAAGCCCACCGAAGGGAAGCUCCUCGCGCGGUUCACCACGUCCAGCAGCUGGCCGCGGAAAGGAAAGGUCGAGGCCAAAUUCGAGGUGCCCACCAUUGACGCUGGCUCGCGACUGGGGAUCAGCGCCGCUGGGCCAUCCCAGGAGACGGGGCCAAAGGCAUCUGACCCCUUUGCCGACGACGGCACAGGAGUACAGCCUCCGUCGACUCCUUCCUGGAGCGAAGUCUCGACAGUCCGCAAACUGGUGGGCGGCAAAUACGUUUCUUCAUAGACCACAUACCCUUCCGCCCGCCUGCUUUGGCGCUCUUCCAGGAGAUUGAACCCAGUCUCCAAUCUCCAGCCUUCCUCAUACUUAGCAUGUGGCCCAACAACGACCGAUCUGAUCACCUGACGAAUGA